AUCCGCUCUCAUUGGUGUAUAGGCACCGCGGUAUAGACAGCAGACGACAAAACUACUGAGAGCUACCACUUGAGAGCAGAAACGAGUGGACAGAGCUAUCGAUAAAUCAAAGGUAUUUUAUUAGCUAUAUUGACAAAAUAAUCCGCAGCACAACACAAAAGGACUUAGAGAAAAUGCUCUUGGAAAAAGCAUAAGAACGAAAGUCGCUAUCAUCUUAGGGGAAGGCCCAUCUCGCAGCAUCUUCUACCCGCUCUCGCGGCCUCUCGCCUGGGGGAGGAUGGAUGCGGAGGCAGCAUCUCCGUCUCCCUCCUCCACUGUGGCAGGGCCCUCCACACUGUGGCGUCUCGCUGAGCGGAGGAGUAGGAAGGCUGGCUCGGGGAACAUCUUUGGCGGGGUGAACCUACGUCAGCUGCAGAGGUUGUUCACGGCAGCUGGGGACCAGGAUGCAGAGCAGAGAGCCCAGCUGGUGUGGGGCCACGGGGAUGAGCCUGAGCUGGCCCAGGCCCUGAUAGGACUGAGGGCGAGGGGCCGACGGAGACGACUCAGGGUGGAGGGGCGAGACACACCGGGGCCGCGCUGGCUCCGGGCGUUUAAUCAUCUGAGGAUUGGUAAGAGUUCAGCGAGCGGCCAGCAGAGCAAAGAGCAGUCAUCAGACAGCAAGACAGAGUCAGGAGCAUCACACAGCAGCCCAGACACACAGCCACUGACUCCUAAGGGCCUCAGAGGAGCUACAGGAGUCACAGAGGACCUAACCGAGGGCCAAGGGCCUGCAGGGGCCUCUGAGAGACCAGCCAGACCAGGAGCACUACUGAAGAAGGGAGGGGAGAGCUACCCAGAGAGGUACCUCCACCGCAUCCUCCACUGACGGACACACAGGGGACUAGAAUUACAUUGUUGCCCCUAGAUGCUGAUCUUGGAUCAGUUUUGCCCUUUCCCCAGCUAAUAAUUAAGGUGAGGAUUAGGGGAUGGUAAACUGAUCCUAGAUCUGUGGUUGGGGACAACUUCUACGUGGAGUACUGACCAACCCUAGUUCAGAGAGGGACAGAGGAAAGAGUCAAAUAUACUGUAUAUUUUUACCUCUGUCCAACCAAGAUCAGAUGAAUGAAGAACAAACUGGAUCUACAAGAUGGGGAACACUUGGAGAUUUGAUAUUCUCACAUUUCAUCCUCUCUCAGGAACUGACUGAUCUGUUCUUCCAAAUACAUUUCUGUUUGUCUCAUGUGACUCUGAGCAUCAUGUAUUAAACCUUGGAUUUAUACCAAGGAUCAAGGAAAGAGGUUACUGACUGUGGGAAAUAGUAGAGCACUUCAGGAGAGCUUAAUUCCACCUGGACUUGUUUUUGAAUGAAGGAUUUUGGUCAUUUGGGUUCUCCAAAUUAGACAGACGUGCCGAGGUGCAUCCACAAAAAGAAGGGAAAGGAAAAGGAGUUGAUUUCAACUGUUAAGGAGAUAUUUUGAAGAAAUCAACAUUUAGACCAGGUGUGUCAAACUCAUUCCAUAGAGGGCCAAGUGUCUGCUGGUAUUGUUAUUUCCUUUCAAUGUGUCCAAUUUAAGACCUACACAACCAGGUGAGGGGAGUUCCUAACUAAUCAGUGACCUUAAUUGAUCAAUGAAGUACAAGUGAUUUAGACGUUCUAGGUAGAGCUGCUGUUUCCCCUUUUGCAGAGGGGUUUUUUGUACACACUAUCUGGCUCUGGCCAGCUCUAUGUAAGUCUAUAGAACAGCAGACAGUGGGAAAACUCAUGCUAAGUCCUUAUUCCUCUAAAGAUGAUUUAUUGGUGCUGAAUCAUCCUCUUUCAUAUAUCCCAUGAGUAGAGCCAGGAGUCUUUCCUGAGCAUGUGGCCCCCUGACCAGGAAAAACUCUAGGCCCUAGAUCAGGGGUCUCCAACAGGUCGAUCGCGAGCUACCAGUAGCUCGCCA